GUGCUGAGUGUGAAUCACACGGCCGGGGGAGGAUGGUUGUGGAGAGGUCCCCUCUAGAUGGAGCUGUGUGUGUGUGUGAAGGCUGUAGGGAUACCUGAGCCGGCUGAAAAAUGACGAGUUGAGCACAGCCCAGCCUCCAGCUUCCCAGUGUGAGUCAGCGCGGUACCUGGAUCUGAGGGCAGGCAGCGGGGGGAACAACAGCGACGCAGGAAUGGAAUGAAAUGGGAGCUUCUGAUCCCACCACCAGCAGCGACUGCAAGUCCACCAAGGGCUGGCGCAACCGAGAGCAGAGCUAAGCGCAGAUUCGGAAUUGGACUCGCUCGGAUUAUCCUGACCGACCCAGCUCUGCGGAUGGCCGCUGUUGAUUCCUGCCAUGGUAGAUGUAGGUGAAAUGAGGAAGACUUUCCUCGUCCCGGAGAUCAAACCCCUGGACCAGUACGACUUCUUCAGAGCGAAGAUUGCGGGAAGUCUAUCCUGGCUCCUGGUCAAAUCCUACGGAUCAGAGAAUGUUCCGGAUGAGCUGAGGGAGCCGUUUUACACAGACCAAUAUGACCAGGAGCACAUCAAACCGCCGGUCAUCCGUCUGCUGCUUUCCUCGGACAUCUACUGCCGGGUCUGCGGCCAGAUCGUACCGCACGAUGAGGCCAGCCCACCUCAGGACAACAUGGCUGUCCUACAGGCUCUGUCACGGAAAGGACUCCAGGUGAAGGACCAGGAGGCGGUGGUGACUGAGGCUGACCUCCGCAAGAAACCCAUCAAAAUGGGUGCCCACUUGGCUGUUAUUGAUGGCCUGAUGACUGCGUACAUGAUGGAAACACUGCGUGGCAGGAAAGUGGCACUGGACACAGAGGGAAUGGGGAGCCACAGUCCGUCAAAAGAAGUCUUAGCCAGUACGGAGUACAGUCUGCUGCUCUGGGUUGAUAAGAUAAACCAGAAGUUAAAAGAUGUCUCUGAACGACUGCACCAGCUCAGACUACAGCCUGGCGUAGACAAUCCAACAAGCCAAGGGUGUCCCACCAAGUGGUAUUGGAAGCUAGUUCCUCAUGCCAUCGCUUUUUGUUUGAAGGAGUCUGAGAAUAAGCCUCCUAUGUGGCUAUUUCAAUCCUUGUUGUCUGUACAAUUGUGCUUGGGACAUCACUACUGUCCAGAUGUUCUACGGUUGCAAGAUGUUUGCCUGAAGGAGACCAUGUCCGUUGCUGACAGUCUGUACAACUUGCAACUGAUUGUGGAAUUCACCCAGGAGUAUCUCGGCAACUGUUGUCACCUGGGCCUGGAGGAUAUGCUGUACACUCCACCAGUGUUAAAGAUUAACAUCUUGACGUUUGUAGCUGAGCUGUUCUGGUGGUUUGAAGUCCUGAAGCCAGAGUUUGUUCGACCAAGAGAGAUUCCGGAUCUGGACGAUGCUUCCAGAAGCGGAUCUGACACCCCCUCGGGGGCCGAAAACACCAGUCGAUUACCAGCAUUCCUCCUGAAGCAGCCCUUCCUGCCUGUGAUCCAACAAACGUCCCCUUCGCAAAGCAGCUCAGGUCCUCUGAAUCACUCUACCUCAAUGUCGCAAGUUGAUUUCUUUGGAAAGGCGUGGACGAAGAAACAACUGAAGAGGCCAUUGUCCCAAGCAGUGUCCUUCAGCAUUCCCUUUGGAUUGGACAGCGACGUGGACAUUGUCAUGGGGAAUCCGGUCGGAUUGAUGAGGUCGGUGAGCUCCGACAGCCUGAGCUCCAACACCUACCGGUCUCACAGCUGCCUACCGCGGGCUGCUGACAACCAGGAGCCGGGGAGCGAGAACGGGCCUGUCGCGUCUCCCAGAGCAGCCAGGAAGGCCUCGCCGUUGGCGAACAAGAUGGCCGAGAGCGAACGUCAGCCACCGGUUGAAAACGGGGUGGUUGGCGACCACAACAACUGUGCGGAGCUGCCGACCAUCGAAGAAGCGCUGCAGAUAAUCCACAACACUGACAAGCUGGAGCCCAGACUCCGUCCCGAGGGCGCACCAGAUGGCUUCUUCCUUCACCGGCCUGAUCUGUCCGAAGAUUUCCUAAAGCCCGAGGGCGGCCAGUCCAAACUUGACCUCCAUCCUCCCUAUCCACCGGCAGACACACCCCAGGAGAGCGGGCUCCUCCCCCCCUCUGAGGACCGAGUGAGUGGCAGAGCCGCUUCGUCUGAAGAUGGCAACUUCUCCCGGGACGACGACUCCGUCCUCAGGGACAACAGCUUGGAGUCGGACGGUGAGGACUCUUCGAGGCCGGCCCAGGAGGAGAAGGACUACGCCAGCAAGGACGAGUGCACGUCCUGCCUCAGCUCCCUCAGCUCACAGGCUGAGAGCGUGGCGUCGUCCGGCUCGGGCGUGAAGAUGACCAACUUCGCCGAGCGCAAGAUGAAGAAGAUGAGCAGCGCGCCGGACUCCAAGUCGAGCAGCUCGCAGAAGACGACGCCGGACAGCUCCGAGCUCAACGACCAGCAGAUGGCGACGUGGGCUCAGAGGCCCGACGACAGCCCCAGCCAAAACCAGGCCCUGGCCUCUGAGAUGACCCAGCUGGGGAUCCGGUUGGAGGAGAAACGGCGAGCGAUCGAGGCGCAGAAGAAGCGGAUUGAGGCCAUCUUCGCCAAGCACCGGCAGAGGCUGGGCAAGAGCGCGUUCCUGCAGCUGAAGAGGAAGGAGGAAGGCGGGGAGCGGGAGAAUGGAGUGUCGGCGGAUGAGGACAGGAGGAAGCUCUCCCUGGAGGAGAGGUUGUCGAGAAUUGAGGACGAGGAGGAAAACGAAAGCCCAAUACAGCCCGAGUUCAAGGACCGGGGUGGCCAGGCGUUGGAUAAAGACCGUGAGGCAGGCCCCGGCGGGAACCUUGGGGAGAAAGAUGCCAAACCGAGACGGCCGGAGUCUCCAAGGGAGCCAGAGGUGGACGCGGACAUGGGCGAGUACAACAACGCCGUGGCUAAGCUUAACUCGGCGCUGUCCUCGCUGCAGCUCGACAUGCAGCGCCUGGCCCAGCAACAGGAGAGUCUGAUGGAGAGGAAGAACGUGCAGGCUUGGGUGAUCCCGGUUCCCAAAGCCUCCUCUCAGAGGCCGCCCCGCUCAGCUGAGUUCUCCUCUCCCUCGCCCUCGCGCAAGCCGGUUUCCUCCGGGACACGCUCCCCCCAGUCCGGCCCCAAGAAGGUGUCCGGAGCGGCGACCGCAGCUCCACCCAAGAGCCCCAGGCACUCCCGGCCCGCUGAGCUGAAGAUCACGCCGCUGACCCGCGUGCUCACUCCUCCGCAGAGCGUGGACUCCUUGCCCCACCUGCGCAAGUUCUCGCCCAGCCAGGUCACCGUCCAGACCAAGUCUUCCAUCUGCUUCGGCGAGGACAGCGAGGAGGAGCAGCAGGACCUCAGCGUGAGGUCCAAGCCACGUCCGCUGGGGCCCGUGGUGAGCUGCAGCCUAGCAGAAGGGCCCCUGGAACCUGACAGGCCGACCCCUGACCUGGAGAGCGAGGGUAACCUCAGGCCUGUGGGGCCUGUCGUCGCCCGGAAAGCGGAGGAGCAGCCCGACAGCAGCAAGAAGGACAGUUCAUCUGCCGUCAAAAGGACUAGUUUGAUUGAGAUACCGCUCUCCUCUUUGAGAGGCCACGAGGAAGGUGAGGACGGGCCAGAGAACGCCAACGAAUCAGUGAGUGAUCCCCCAGGCGACGCUGAGCAGAGGUCUGUUGGUUUCUUCUUCAAGGACGAGGCGAAGGCGGAGGAAGAAAUGGCCCUGAAGCGAGCAGCGUUGAUGGAGAAGCAGCAGAAACGGACGGAAGAGUUCAGGAAGCGGCGGAUGUGGUUGGACGCGGAAAAGGAGCAGAAGAAAGAGGAUACCAGGCAACAAGUAGAGGAAGAGAAAGUGGAGAAGAGUUUUAUCAAGGAGGAGUAUCUUCGGCGGCAACAGCUCAAAAUAAUGGACGAUCUGGACAAGGUCCUGAGGGCAAAGGCCACACCAAGCAAAGGGAGGAAGCCCCGGCCCAAGUCCUCGGUGUUCCGUGACGAUUCCGUGCUGACUCGCAGCCCGGUGAAGGGUCUGCUAGGCUCCAGGCUAAACAAAGUGUACUCUCGAUCUACCCUCUCCCUGUCCACCAUGGUCAACGACUCGGCCAAUAGUCUCUCGGUCAAGAAAAGUCCAAGGGCGGACUCCCCCUCAGCGCUCCAGUCUCCCAGCCGGCUGGUGGGGAAUCAGAACGGCGAGAAAGACUGGGAGAACGCGUCGACUGCAUCAUCGCCAGCGUCCAUACCAGAGUACACAGGUCCCAAGCUGUACAAGGAGCCCAGUGCCAAGUCAAAUAAAUUCAUCAUCCAAAAUGCGAUCACUCGGUGCUGCCUGGCGGGAAGGGUGAACGAGCCCCAGAAGAACAAGAUAUUGGAGGAAGUGGAGAAGAGCAAGUCGAAUCAUUUCCUGAUCCUGUUCCGUGACCAAAGCUGCCAGUUCCGGGCAGUGUACGCCUUCUUGCCAGACUCCGAGGAUAUGCAUCGCGUGGCCGGCGUCGGGCCCAAACUGAUCACUAAGAACAUGAUCGAGGGGAUCUACAAGUACAACUCUGACCGCAAGCAGUUCACCCAGAUCCCCAGUAAGACACUCUCUGCCAGUGUCGAUGCUGUCACUAUCCAGGGCCACUUGUGGCAGACCAAGAGGCCGGGGACCCCCAAGAAACCAGGACCGUCCAAAUGAUGGGCUCCCUCUCCCACCGCCGCUCCCUCCUGCAACCCACCCCCCCACCCCAAACCCUGCACAGACAGACGACUUCCAGGGCCCUGGUUUGCCAAUUGUUUUUGUCCCCCUCAAUGCCGACUUGUCUGUCUAUCUCCCUCUGUUUUUUUAUUUCUAAUAUUUUUCACGGGUGAGUCAACCAUGCUGGGGCCUUUUUUUGCCAUCUCUGCAUGCUACCCGUCGCUCGCCUGGCCCAUCGCAAACAAAAGCGUGUCGCUGGUUUUGGUUGGGAGUGUACCCGUCCUGGGAAGGAGUUACGAGCCCGGUUCCCUGUCACCCAGUGGAAUCCGCGCCAAUGGGUCUAUCGAGCGAUGGCGUCGAGAGGUUACGGUGACGCUGUUGUGUCUGAAGUUCGAAACUCCGAUGAGGCAAGGACUUGCGGAUGGGUCAAAAUGUGUUUUUUUUUAAAAAAAAAGCAAAGAUAAAUAAAUUAGAUGUACAAAUUUUUGAGGUAAAAUUCCAGAAGGUUACUACUGAUGAUCGAAAUGUUGUGUCUGUAUAUAAUGGAGUUAUUUAAAUGAUUUAGCAGUUUGUAUAGAUGAAAUAUUUAAGGUACUCUUGUCACUUCUGAAACCAUGAUUGGGAGGUAGUAACGUCGUUUGCAAGUUACUGUAAAGAACUUGCUGCGGUAUUUGAGUACGAUCUGAGUUGAGGUUGUAUUAACUACUCAAAUAAUCACCAAAACUUGCCUGCUUUUGUGAAACAAAUGAGGAAAGUAUCUUGAAUCAAUCGCUUAAUAAACUCUGCAUUCUCACAGCGUUCAGUUCUGGCAUGAGGUGUAAAGGUCCAGUCCAGCUGUGCUGCCCUCCCCACACUAACUGCUUGAAUUUGCCCAGGAUCGAUCUGGUCUUUGUUUUGAUUAUGUCGAGUCUGAUUCAGAUUUGACCUUCCACCAUCUGGGUUUGGGCCUGGCUCCAAAGCUCACUCUAUGAAACCCCUCCAAAUGCAAACUGUCCUCUCAAUCCCAAGGCUGCGUUUGGUGAAUUUUCUCCCCUGGUGCUUUGGGGAUAUGUUCUGAGCUGGGGUCUCGAUGGUGAUCCUUUCUGAUGUACACUGCACCUUCCCGCUUCCCAUUGGAGCCUCUGAGCCGGCCAGGAAUUUACUUUGAACUUCUCCCCGAUGAAUCUAGUCCAGUUUCGGUUUGUAACGUGCAGGCUGAAGGUCCCAUGACAAUGUUUCUGUCUGUCUUUGUUGUUAUUUGGCACAUGGUAUCUCUGUUAAGUGUGCUGUGUAGAGGAGCUCAAAUCUACGCCGGCCUAACGCCAACAGCAGCAAGGAGCCCUGAUCCAGUAUAUCUCCAGUUUCUUAACCAUCAGAUCAGCACUGUAUUCACUUGGAGCCAGUUGUUGGAAAGUGACCGAAUUCCAUGUUGUUUGUUUAAUAUCUGUUACUUUUUUCUGCUGUUCCCCAUUCCAGAUUAAUUUCUGGUUUUCCAGGGAAGUAGCCUCAGCCAAUUAGACUUUGGCAACAAAGACUGAACUGCGCGCUCAAUGUUUCACAUGCAGGGACUUGCCUGGAUGGGAUUUCUGUGCUUUGUUGGUAUCUCUCAUUCCCCCUCCCUCCACCAUCUGUCUGUCUGUCUGUCUCUCUCCGCUUUCCCACAGUUGGAUGCUGUGCCAUUGUGUAGCAUUCCACAGAAGCCCUGCCAAACGUUGUCGUCAGUUCCGCUGCAAGGGAAUGGCCAGAGCUCUGAUGACUUUUACAAAUUUGAGGAGUUAAGAGACUCCUCUUCUGCAUCCUCUGUGGCGAAAGGGUCAAGUGUUUGCUCUGUGGACAAAGGAUUAGUUACCUAUUGCUUGGAUCCAUCUUGUCAAGUCAGUUUGUAAAGCCCUCUCCUAAGGGAACAAGCAUUAAGUGGUCUGGUGGCAUCUGUUAGGGCUGGGGCGGUGGGGUGAGACUGAAUUCUAUUUGGUGAAUGUGAGGUUGGUGAUCGCAGUUUGUACACACACACACACACACACACUCUCUCGCACACACACACACUCUCGCGCGCACACACACACGCACAUGCACACACAAUGAAGAAUCUUGGAAGUAAUUAUGCACGUUUCUUAAUUUUAGCAUUUCUGUUUGGCACUAGAUUGUUGAAGAGGUGACCUGGGUUGCUUGGGAAUCAUAAUAUGAAUACAGAAACCAGGCCAAAAACUGGGUCUCAGUUCUGGACUGUUAUGUCGUAUUUUUGACAAUAUUUUGGUUCGGCUUGCCACAUUGGAUCAGGUAGAAGGAGUUUGUUUUCCUUUUGUUUUAAGGCUCCCACUAUACACGACUGCUGCACUCAGGGAGCUGGUAAAUGGCUCACGGCCUGGUCAGGCUAUUGGAGUUACUCGGAGCACCACCAGUGUAGAGGGGUCCUCCACUUGAACGAGGAAGUCGGUGCCUUUUCCCCUCAGGCCGGGCCGUGUUUUUAAAGAGGUUAUGUCACCGCUUAACCAUUCUGGCCGGUCAGAUUAAUUGGUGCAGAUUGUUGGUCACCAGGAGGUAUUGGAGAUGACCCUAACCACCUCCACCCACAAACAAAAUGUGAAGCAACUUUGAACACUAGCAAACUAAGGUCCUGUGCCAUCAGCAGCACCAGACCUUUGGGUGUGUGCCCAUUUUCCCCAGUUAGCGUUUGUAUUUUCCACUGCCAUUACCGUCUUUGGAGUCAGAUGUUCAUCAGAUGCAAUUAUAAGCAUGCCCCUACCUCCCUGCGAGAGAGGGCAGUGAGAAUACAUAUUGAUUUUCUGCGUAACGACAGAAGGGCGUUCACUAAUAUGUACGUAAUGUACCCACCUUGCUGGAACUGGCUCAUUUCUCUCCUGCCGCCCCACCCAGUGUUGGAUUUAAUGGAACCUUUCAUGGUUUUGUAGUUGAAAAAGUGGAUUUCACUUUGCAGUCAUCCUGUGGGAUGAGGUUUCCUGGGUUUUGCUGGAAAAUUUUCACUCGAUGCUAGAAUAUCUACCAACUGUUGUAGAAACAUGCGCAGUGGGAAGAGACCACCCUGCCCUGCCCAAAAUGGGACCCAUCAACCAUUACAGUGAUGUUGCUAAACCCCUUUGGGGCUUUUGAUGAGCAGUAAGUUGACCGUAAAUAAGCCUGGACUAAAGUUCUUUUUAUUUUUAACCCAAUAUGUAACACUGUACAGGGUACCCUGCUCGAGAUAUGACCUUUUGGGUUUAAAAUGGACUCUGAUGUAUGUCUACAGAUGUGGGUCUUGGACUCUGUAAUAUUAGGAGGCGUACCAUGAGAAAAAUGAUCUUGGACAUUUAAUAAAAACGAUUUACCAAUUUACUAGAA